UUUUUUUUUUUCCUUUUCUCUCUUUUCUUCUUUAUACCCUCGCCCUUCACUUUCUUUAAUAAAUCACCCUACUUUUAUUAGUAGUCGUUUCCCGCGCCUCCCAUUUUUCCUUGUCACUUUUUACAUCAGUAAUGAGAGGGACCAAGUGGCAAUUUUCUCUCCUCUUCUUCAUCCUAUCGACUUUUAUCAUUUCAUUAGUCAAUGCUGAAGCAGAAAAUGAGAAAAACACUGUAAAAUCAACCAGCACCACCACCACAACAACAACGACCUUGAGUCAAACGCAUAAUAGUACCGCCACCGCUACAACCACCACCACUACUGCUAGACACACAACCACCAUCAACAAUUGCUUAGCUUCGUUGCAUCAUACCAAGUUUACCACAAGUACGAAAUCACCACAUACCAAAACUGUAUAUGUUUGCAAAACACCCAAUGCACAAGUAACUCAACACUCUCCUAUCAGACACGAUGAUACGCAUUCCAAAAAGAAAAAGUCUACAACCGUCACAAAGACUCGUUCUGGUCAUAAGUCUAUCAAUGCUCAAGCGUCAAAGAAGCACACCAAAAAGCACACUACCACCACUACCGCUACCAAAAAGCACGGCCACAAAAAGACUAAAAAAACAACUACUACUACCAAGAAGAAGACUACCACCAAGAAAUCUACUACUACUAAAAAGACCACCAAGAAGUCUACUACCAAAAAGACGACUACUACCACUAAAAAGACCACUAAAAAAAGUACUACUGUGAAGCCUACUCAAACUCAUAAAGCUAGUGUCACAUCAACUACCGAAAUAGCCUUAGCUGCUCCACCUACAACUACAGUAGCAGCAGUCGUACCAGCAGCAGUAGCAACACCAGCUGAUGAGAAUCGUGACGUUAGUAACGACUCCUCCUCUGAUGAAGGUAGUGCCACUGACAACAACAACAAUGAUGAAGAAGAUACUUCUACUCCUCAAACAACAGAAGAGUCUGCUCCUACCGUUGUACCCGUUGCUGUUCCCGUCCCUGUUGUCUCUACACCCACUGAUAACCAAGUGAAUUCACAAAGUGUCGAUAGUACUCAAACCACCGAAAACACACCUCAAAGCAAAGUCAUUGGAGUUUCUGUCGGUGCUGUUGUAGGUUGUAUUGCUGCUGCUGGUUUAGCAGGCAUGUUCAUUUACAAGCGUCGUGAAAAGACCCAUCAUGAUCAAGAUGUGGAGGACAUGAAUCAAACCAGUGAAGUCAACACGCGUUGGCGCACACAGUCGUUUAUGGCCGUCGUGGCAGGUGCUGUAGCUAAACUACCCAAACGCAGUAACUCUUCUGCUUCUAGUAACGGAAGAGCAUCCUUCAAUGUGUUGGGAAGUAUUCGACGUGCUGCUAGUAAUGCUUCACGAUCCCUUUCUGUUCGAUCCAAGGAUAGUACACGAUCCAGUGUUCAAAGUUAUGGCAUUGCUGUUUCUGGUCCUAUUCCAGCUAUUGCUCGUAUUGAUGGGGAUCAAGCUCGUUAUUAUAAUGAGCCUGAAAGUCCUACUCAUAAUCACCACACGCAUGCUUAUUAGACCUUCUCCAAUAUAAUAAUAAACUUUUUUUUUAAAGUAACACUCAUAAA